CAACUUAGUAAUUCAAAUGUCGCUGUCUUUAUAAUCUGUAUGUCUUUUUAGAUUCGAUUCUUUGCCGUGUCGUUUCGGCGAGGGAUACCAGUAUGAAGUACAAUAAGCUGGUAACGUCCUCCAGGAGGAAAAACAGGAAGAGGCAUUUCAGUGCUCCUUCCCACAUCCGAAGAGUGCUGAUGUCUGCACCACUCUCAAAGGAGCUUAAACAAAAAUUCAAUGUUAAGUCUAUGCCAAUCCGCAAGGACGAUGAAGUACAGGUAGUACGUGGACAUUACAAAGGCCAACAGAUCGGUAAAGUAGUUCAGGUGUACCGUAAAAAGUUUGUCGUCUACAUCGAGAGGAUCCAGAGAGAAAAGGCCAACGGUGCCACCGCAUAUGUUGGCAUCCAUCCAUCAAAGUGUGUUAUCGUCAAACUGAAGAUGAACAAAGAUCGUAAGGCGAUACUCGAUCGCAGAUCAAAGGGUAGACACCUGGCCACUGGAGGCGGAAAGGGAAAAUACACUGAGGAACAAGCUACAGCUAUGGAGACCUCGUGAACAUAGAUUUAAGAAAUACAAAACAUAAAACUCA